AUGCGUUUCUCCGCUGCUGCUCUUGUCAUGGCCGGUGCCGCCCUCGCUGAGGAGGCUGCCCAGUCCACCGUCUACUCGACCGACUAUGUCACCAUCACCUCGUGCGCCCCCACGGUGACCAACUGCCCUGCCCACAGCACCGUUGUCACCUCGUCGGUCUACCCCGUCACCACCUCCACCAUCUACAGCACCACGGUCCGCACUAUCACCCAGUGCCCUCCCUCGGUCCCCGACUGCCCGGCCCACUCCACCCAGAUCGUCACCGAGACCGUCCCUGUCGGCACCACCGUUGCCCCUGUGACUGAGACCUCCGCCCCCGCCGUUGGUGUCAGCUCCACCGCUGCCUUCUCCAACAGCACCACCGCGGCUCCCGUCCAGUCCCAGCCCGCUGUCACUGUCCUCCCUCCCACCACCCUGAGCACCGCUGCUCCCGUUGCUCCUGAGUGCCCCGGCCACUCCAUCAAGACCAUCUCCACCCAGAUCACCACCGUCAUCCCCACUGUGAUCUACGAGACCGUCGAGGUGCCUUGCGCCACCGCCUCCGUUGUCGUUCCCCCCGUCAACCCCCCUGCCAGCCCCUCCGCCGGCUUCCCCGCUCCUCCCGCUGGCAACGGCACUGUGCCCUCCACCGGCUCUCCCCAGCCCUCCGCUCCCGUCACUGCCGGUGCCGGUGCCAUGGCUGGCUCUGCCCUCCUCGCCGCUGCUGCCGGUCUCCUCACCGUCUUCCUCGCUUAA